AUGUUCGGUAGUGCAAAGAAGAAAAAACAGAAUAGUAUAACCGAAGGAAAGCAUAAGAGUCCUCUAGAUGAGUUGAACUUUCUCCUGGAUCGCCUGGAAGGCAUUAUCUUUCACACCAAACUAUCCUAUAUCAAGUCGCUCCUAGGUUACGCUGAGGAAAUUGCAACACCACAAAGAUCAUCUGUUAAUCUCUUUGGAAGAAAAAGCAAUUCUUCAACAUCAACGCCAACAAAAGCUUCGCUAAAGAAAAAUGACUCAGCUUCUUCACCCAACUUCAAAACACCAGAAAAGACAAAGGAUGGAGACGCAAUGUUUAUUCCAAUGGAAUCAGAUUCAGUUCAAAACACGGUUGAAAUUAUUCGAAGAGUUUCAGAAUUAGUAGUCUUUGCAGAAAGUGCGGCAGCCUCUCAGACUGAAGAGAAGCAAGAGUCUGAAAAGUAUAUCGCUGUCUUUGACUCUUUCUUUGAACGGAAUGGACUUGCUCUGAUUACAGACAUCUUGACAGGGGCUUCAUUUGACCUUCGAACGAUCAGGGACGAGGAGAGAGUGAAUGUUGAUUCUGACCAAUCGCCCAAGAAAAAUGAUCUGGCUUCAAUUGAAGAGCUAUUAGAAGGUUUUGAUAUGGACGAGCACAAGUACUUGCUACUCCCACCCUUGCCAAUAGCGAUCCAAGCAAUUCAAUCUGUUUCCAUUUUGGUACAAAACGUGAAGCGCGCCACGUCUCUCUUCUUCAUACUAUCCAACAAUCACAUCACCCAGCUGAUCAAUGCCCCGCUUGAAAAGUACGACAUAGCUGAUAGAAUGAAACGCGACGAUGACGGCAAUCAAAUGUCACCGCGUCGUUCCGGUAGUCAAGAACUUGCCGAGCUUUCAACCAAUUUUGUUAACUUCCUCAAGUCACUAGCACUUCGAAUGAAUGCAGAAACGCUCCAGUUUUUCUUGACAUAUCCUCAGGAUGCUGCAGAGAAUCCUGAAGCAACAACCUUACAAGAAUCCAAGAAUUCUGAAGAUUCGACCGAGCAAGAUGCCGAAGACAAACCAUUAGACGAAAUGGAAGGAACGACGACUCAAGAAGAAGAAGAAGACCAAGUCGAAACUGAAGCGCAAAAUAUUCCAUACGAACGGAUACGAGUUGAGUUUCCAUUGUAUGAGAGAGCCCUUGAAUUUUGCUCAACCCAUAAUGACUCCUUCAUUCGCAUCACAGCCAUGAAUAUAUGUCUGAAUACUCUUCGUCUCUCAGUGGUCGGUUCCGAAGAGGAUGACGGGCAAAAUCAAGACUCGUCGCUUGAGUCGCCUGAUGGAGUUUUGCACAAUGCAAGAGCCUUGCCAAUGCGAGAAAGAUUGGCUAUUGCCCAAUUCGUUUGUUCCCCGCGGCGAGUGGAGCGUCUCAUAUCGCCAAUUUUCACAAAGCUUGCUCAAUUUUGGGGUGUAAUGGAGGAGCAGUAUCGCGAGCUGGACAAGAUCAAGGUUCAGAGACUUCCAAAGCCCAGCGACGAUGCUAAUGCCAGUGGGCAGCUCAAGACAGAAAAGGCAAAAUUGUCUGCAAAGCGAAAGAAAGCCGAAGAUUCAUUCAGUGACACAGCUGCUUGUGUGCAAGAUGAACUGCUGCUGCUGGAAGAUGUUCUCAGUGUGGGGCUUACGACACUCAACGAGCAAACUAUCGAGAUGAUGUUUGCGACGUUUGUGUAUCCUCUGCUCUUACAGCCCCUUCUGCUAUACUUCCAGCGUUCUACUGUACCUAGUAACGUCUUGUACGCAGACCCUGUGUUCUUAUCGUAUCUAGGACUCGGGGUUGCGGAUUCCAGCACGGAAGGUGGCGAAAACUCGACAAUAUCCGCCCCGGCGAAAUCGGCUCUCUUUCUCCUUACCGCUGUGUUCCAAUUUGUCACCAAUCGGCCGCUUCUGAAGUUGCUAUUCACUGCUCUAUUCCAUCCGCUUUCUCCAAGCUCGACCGGAGAAACGACGAUCCGUGUCGAUCCUGAGAUCGUAUGCUUGGAUAAAGACAGAAACAUUGUGCUUCGAGUCGAUCUGCAGAAUGACGACAGCCAGGAAGCAAAGAUCAACCGCGAAACGUAUGAUUUUGGAAUCUCUUCUGCAACGAAGCGUUCUUCAGGAAAGUCGAGGUCGAUCGAAAAUAGUAGUGACAGCUGUGUGUUUGUCUUAUCACCAGCACUCGCCGAAAUAUUGCGAUUCAAUGGCGAAGAUGGAGCUCUUGUGGCUAAAUCACGCAACAACCCCUACCGCAAGGCGAUAUUUCAAUGCUUUGCGCUGUCUAGUGAGCUCUCUGAUCUUUCACCCCUUGCAGUCUUCCCUGUCGAUGCUGCCUUUUCUGCUUUGGAUGGCGAGUUUGUGUCAGAUAUUGUUUUUGGGGUUGAUGUUGUCGCUCACGCCAAAAAGCAUCAAAGUUAUGGGGCUUUAUCUGAAAAACAGAUCGACCGUCUGGACGACCGUGACAUUGGUGGAGCAGGGAUAGGAGUGAAGUCUAGAUUCUCAUUGGGUGAUGAUUCGGAUGGUGAUUAUGUGACUCAGGUUCUUAGUUCCUUCCAAAAAUGUCUAGCGAAAGCACGACCAGGAGCAAAGGGCACAUGGAAGCUUGACUACAGAGUCGCUGCCGCACAUGCAGUCCUUUGUGCAAUUCAAAGGAAUCCAGUAGCGCAAAAGAAUGCAAAGGAAGUAUUUUGCACUCGCUAUCGUGAAGCCUCAGCUUUCUUGGCAUCUAUUCCCAAAGGCUUGGAGCGAUUUGGAGAUUCGAAUUUGAGGCCAACCUAUGACAAGACCAAUGGGGAAGAUGACAAGAGAAAAGCAUAUCAAGGAAUCCUCAUGAAUAGAAUCUUCCGAGGUGAUGCACAAUCCGUCGCCCUUAUGGAUCAAUUGAUGCGAUUAAAGUCAGAAAGUUCUUCUAGCAUGUUUGUGCCAGUAGCAAGCCGAGGGAGCUACAAAAUGCUCUGCAAACAAAGUUGUCAGUUCCCACUGCUUGAACCUGGAACUUUCAAUGCAGCUCUACAAGAAGCAGUGGAGAGUGCGCGCUCGUGGGCCAGCAUGGAUGCCUUUUGCAAAAUCUUGGAAAGCGCUGAAAGGACUAACGGGGCAUCGAUUCGCCGAGCUGUUACAGGCGGUAUUGCGGUGAAAGAAGAUUCGGGCAUCGUUCCGACCUACAGGUUGAAUUUGUCCUAUGGACCAAUGUCUCGGAGCAUGGAAAUUCCAAUGUUUCAAGAAGAUACCAGCAGUAAGUCAUAUACUGAUGCAGAGCCUGGGUCAGUGGUCAGCCUUGUUGGUCGAACUGCGUUCCCUUGUGUUUGUGAAGUGCCCCCUGCUUGUGCCCCUCUGUUUUCUGCUGAGGGAGCCAAAGUAGUUUCACAAGGAAUCACGUGGCAAUCUCUGUACCUUGUAGUUCUAGGGUGGAAUUUGGUGCUUGCAGAACCUGAACGAAAGUCCAGUGGUAAUGGCCGUGUGGUAAUGGUAUGUCGACUCGAAAACCUUAGUGUUGGAGUAGAUACAGGGGAAUUUCCACAAAGUACUGCAGCUCGUCGAUUAAUCGUAUCACAUGAUGGACAAGAUGAAACGCCACCGGGUCUGUUCAUGUUUGAAUCGCCACCGACACGACGAGAGGAAGGUGUAUUUGUUCACCUUUCCAAAUUCCGAACAACGUUGGAUAUUUGGUUUGAGAACCAAAAGGCCCUUGAUUUGGCCUUUGUCAAGGUGAAGCGAUUCAUUGCUUUAGCCAAAGCACAUCGUGGGCAUUUGCUGCAAGAGUACUUGCUGCAACAGGCGAAAGAAGGAGCAGACAUGGUGCAAGAGAAGUAA